CCGGGCUUGAUCUAUUUACCAUUUACCAUUUACCGACAACGGCGAGCUCGAGCAUCGUGGACUGCUGCCUCUGCGGGCCUGGACCGAUUUCGCAUUGCGAACCGAUGAUGAUGAUGGCGGCCGAGGAUCAGAGCAGAGCUGCCGAAGGGCAGAGGAAUUGUGGAAAUGUAGGGGAAUUUCUGUACACCGCGUGCUACUGCGAGGAGAACAUCUACAUGCUCUGCAAAGCCCUGGGGGAGCAAGGUGUGGCUGCUGCGGAUCUUUCCGAUCUCUUCGUCGUCUUCAUCUCGAACGACUUACAGCGGGUUCCCAUAUGGCGGCAGAAAAAUUGCUCCUCCGGGUCGGAGAGCGUCUGCAUCUGGGACUAUCAUGUCAUCUGUAUACAGAAAGCAGGAGCUCAGGAAGCUUUGGUAUGGGACCUAGAUACCACACUCUCCCUUCCUGUUCCUUUGAGCUCGUACGUGAAGGAAGCUUUCAAACCGGAGAUUGAGCUCGACGAAUUGUACCUCAGGCUCUUCCGUGUGGUCAGAGCCUCCACGUUUCUGAGAACGUUUGCGUCUGACAGGAGACACAUGAGGACCCCAGAGGGAGGCUGGCUCGCCCCUCCCCCGAACUACGAGUGCAUCGUAGCCGAAGAUGGAGAGGCAUAUAAUCUAGAAGAGUACAAUAGAAUGGCCCAAGGCAACGUACAGCACGCGUCCGACGAGGACUUGGACAAGUCCAUGAGUGAUAAAUACGGCGUGGUCCUCUCAGAAGACGGGUUUGUUAAGGCAUUUGCAGUAAACAGAAGCCGUGCACCUCUACAGAUUCUGGAUAUUAACAAUCAUCAACUUGUCAUAAAUGGGUGACAAUUAAUCAUUAUUUUAACUUUCUCCCCGACUUCAAACUAUUGCGUCUUGUAUCGAACUGAUGGACCUUUUUCAUGCCAUUUUCGAAAAGCCCCGUCUGUACAGUCGGCCCCCUCCACAAUCAUCCGUAAGGCUUUGUUUACGAUAUUCAGCUGUGACUGUAUUUCCACUGCCCGUAGGUACGAAGAGCCGAAGAUUCGAAAUAGCUUGACGAUUUACACGCACGAUAAACUGUUAAGUUUGAGAUUGAAAGUUCAUAGCACUAAGUGUAGACCGAAGUUGCGAGCCGUUUAAGAUCGAAAGUUCAUAGCAAUAAGUGAAAACCGAGUUGCGAGCCGUUUAAGAUCGAAAGUUCAUAACAAUAAGUGGAAACCGGAGUUGCGAGCCGUUUUAGGUGAAAG